AUGUUCCCAACGGUUCAUGUACCCAAGGAUCAACUGUAUGCUUCCACCAGUGCAGUUGUUCGACUAGAAGUCGGAGUGUUUUUAAAAGUUCUCAAGGACCAUUUACUGGCCAUUGUGAACGGUUCGAAGAACUUGCUGCAACGCACAUCUCAAGUGUCCAUACGACAUCUGAUGGCCUACUCCGCUCAUGAUACCGAUGUCACUUAUCUGUUGGCGGCUUUCGGCGCCUAUGAUCAGCAACUCAUCCCGUACUCGGCGGCUGUUGUGAUUGAAUUGCUUGGCCCAGAACCACCAGCUCCUCGCAGCGAGUAUCGUUUACGUCUUGUGUACAAAAAAGGUUACCUGGAUAAUGAGGGAACCUAUUUACAGUUCGGCGCUUGCACUGAACAGCCGGCCGACCGCGGUUGUCCACUGGAUGAUGUCCUCAACUAUCUGGCCCCGUUGCUACUGGAUCCUGAUCAGUUCUUUUCCGAAUGUCAAGUAGAACAGCGACCGUAUGUGCCCGAUCCGUUAAAGUUCCUGCGAUCUCCCACGCCAUUUUCCUGUGUCUCUUCACAACGCUCAACCUAUACGGUUUAUGUCGCGGCAGUCUGUAUCCUCCUGUUCCUCCUCUGUUUAGUUGGCGUGACUGUGGGUCUGUGCGUUCCGAACAAAGGCACAGUACAUUUAAACCCGCCGCCAAUGUCCACGGAAGACAUUCGUUCUCUAGUAGAAGUACUGCGGGUCGAGGAACCCACCAAACCGAGACGCCGAACAAUGUGA